CGGCCCGGCCCGCCCCGCCCCGCCGCGCUCGGGCCGGGCUGUGCGGCCACGUCCCCGCUCGGGCCGGGCUGUGGCGAUGCGGCCGGCGGGACGCGGCCGUGCGGCGCUGCUGGCCCGGCCGUGCCGCGGGGCGCGCCCGGCCAUGCGGCCGUGCUGACCCGGCCAUGCGGCGGCCCUGCAAGGUGGCGGCGGCCCUGCUGUGCCUGGCCGUGCUGCUGCUGCUCUAUCUGCUGGCGGGCAGCGCGGCCCCGCCGCCCGCGCCCUCCGCGCCCGCCCGCCGCCCGCCGCGCCUCGGCCGGAGCCCCCCGAGGAGGAGCCCCGCGGGCGGCGGCAGCGCCAGCGCCAGGAAGCCUGGAGAGCAGAAACAUCCAAAGGAGCCCUCAUCAUUGCAGUGCAUGCAUCUGGCAGUGGUGGCAUGUGGGGACCGGCUGGAGGAGACGCUGAUCAUGCUGAAAUCAGCAGUUCUCUUCAGCAGCAGGAGGCUUUGCUUCCACAUCUUUGCCGAGGAUUCCCUUAAGCCUGAAUUUGAGACAAAGUUAAAGGAGUGGCCUUCCUCAUAUACAAAGAAGUUUGAGUCCAACAUUUACCCAAUAACCUUCUCAGUAGGAAAUGCUCAGGAAUGGAAAAAGUUAUUCAAACCAUGUGCUGCCCAGCGCCUGUUUCUUCCGGUGAUUCUAAAGGAUGUGGAUUCCCUGCUCUACGUGGACACCGACGUGCUGUUCCUGAGGCCCAUCGAUGACAUCUGGCACCUCCUGAGGGAGUUCAACUCCACCCAGCUGGCUGCCAUGGCCCCCGAGCACGAGAUCCCCAAGAUCGGCUGGUACAGCCGCUUCGCCCGGCACCCCUACUACGGCAGCACCGGCCUCAACUCAGGCGUGAUGCUGAUGAACCUGACCCGGAUCCGCAGCGCUCGCUUCAAGAACAGUUUGAUACCAGGUGGAUUGACUUGGGAGGAAAUGUUAUAUCCAUUGUACCAAAAGUACAAAAAUUACAUCACGUGGGGAGACCAGGAUCUGCUAAAUAUCAUUUUUUACUUUAACCCAGAGUGUCUGUACGUGUUCCCCUGCCAGUGGAACUACCGGCCUGACCACUGCAUGUACGGCAGCAACUGCAGGGGGGCGGAGGAGGAGGGCGUCUCCAUCCUGCACGGCAACAGAGGCGUCUACCACGACGACAAGCAGCCCACCUUCAAGGCCCUCUACGAGGUGAUCCGGGAUUUUCCAUUUGAAGACAAUCUCUUCCAGUCCUUGUACUACCCUCUGCAGUCCAGGUUUCUGGAUACAGUGCACACUUUAUGUGGGAGAAUUCCACAAGUAUUUUUGAAGCAAAUUGAGAAAACAAUGAAGAAGGUGUAUGAAAAUCGUGUCAUUGUGUACUUGGGGGCCAACCACAGACACUAACUGUAGCUCUCUUACACAGAAGUUAUAAGUCUUGUACUCCAUUUCAUGGAGGAUAUAAAUGAAGAAUAAGAGCUCUUUUACCGAAGCUCAGAAUUAAAAUAUUUCUUUUUCCAAUUUUCUAAUAACCCUUGAAAUUACAAAAAGCAGGAAAUCCUAGAAGCCUCCUGAGAUUAUGCUGAGAACAGCAGGAGAAUCCUUUCUCUGUGGAAUACAGUUGUGGCCUGCCACCCCAGUCCCUUACAGUUGAAGAAUGUAUUCUCUGCCUUGGCAUGGUCCAAGACUAUUGUCAGUGAAGAGUACAAACCCAGGUACUGUUAAUCCAUCCUCCUCUUUAAGUGCUAUUCCCUGCACAGUAACAGCAGUAUUCCACUGCCACACAGUUUUCCAUCCCUGCCUUGGGGGAUGGCCAGUGCUGCCCCUGACUCCCCUCUCCUGCAUGGAAAUGUAUUUGUGCCUGGCUCUUCCAUUUCUGGGAUCACAGCACCACAGAAUUCUAGAAUGGUUUGGGUCGGAAGGGACCAUCAUGGAUAUCUUGUUCCACACCCUGCCAUGGGCAGGGACACCUUCCACUAGACCAGGUUACUCCAGCCCUGUCCAACCUGGCCUUGGACACUUCCAGGGAUGGGGAAGUUGAGACCUUUAUGCUGGGAUAAAAAAUUAAUAGCGUCAAAAUGGAAGAGGAUACAAAAUGGCUUUGAUGUUUAUUUAAAAUACUUAAUUUAGCUUAAAUUUCCAAGGUAUGAUCAUCAUCUUGUGAUAAGCACAAAGAGCUUAUUUAAAUUGCAGUAGCUGAAAGAUGCAGAGCAGCUGUCCAAGAGCAGACUCACUCCUAAAGAGCAGUGAUCCAAGAGCAGACUCCCAGAGGGCAUUUUCUAGGUGUAAGCCCCAUGGGUGUGUGUAGGAGUGCUUCAAGGAAGCAGCAGAGAAAAUGAUGUUACUUUUCAAGUCUGUUGAGCAGAAAACAUCAGCCAUUACUUGGAACUGCUCAUUUUUGUAUCUAACAGGCAAAGUAGGAGCGGGGUGAGCAGCGUGAGAUAAGGAUUAGGAGCAUUCCCCUAAUGAAAGGAAAACUGGCACAGAUGGGAUAUCCUGUACAUGUAUCAUACAUUUGUUAGAGAGAAAUGCUUGGGGACUGUGGAUGAGGGAAAGGAUAUGUUCCCAAAGUUAAAAUAGGAUUUUUGAGGAAUUGCAGUUUUGGGUGUUCUCCCCUAUCCAGUCAGGGUUUCAUAUGAAAACACCAGGAGUGUCCCUUUUGUCUCUCACAUUUCUCUCUCCUUGUGUGGCACUUCCUGAGAGGAGGGAAAACACGACCUUGGUGCCAUCCCAGGCUGCCAGAUAAGAGCCUGUGCACGGGCUGGAGUCCCAGCAAGCUUUUCCCAAGCCCUGGAGUGCGGGAGUGUCUGUGACACAGCCUGGCAGAGAGCAGGGCUGCAGGCAGCUGAGCAGGGGAGCAGUGGGACAGGGGCUUGGAGUAAGGGACAGCAGAACUGCAGGACCUCACGGGAGUGAUAGGAACAGAAACCUUGUUUGCACCUCUGCUGCAAAUUGUAAUCACAGUUUGGUUAAACAAUGUGCUCUGACUCCAGCCCUUAUCUCACAGUGUUUGCCACCAGAGUGCAAAUUGACAUGUGAAGGACAGAGGCAGCUCCACUGCUGUGAUUGAAAACCUGGGAGCCAGAAAGUCAUUUAAACUUGAGCAGAGAUGCCUUUCCAACUUGCCUUAGGAUUUUCUAUUUCAGCUGAAGUUUCAGUUGCUAAUUUUUAAGCAAGAGUAAGUUGCCAAUUUUUAAGCACUUCUACCUACUGAGAGAAGUUUGAAAUGUGACCCAAAUGAGCAUUGAAGAUUUCAGAACCAGAAGGCAGAGAAAAGAAGGUAAAGCUGCUGAUUUAAAAAGUCUAAAAUAAUGUAUGACAGGUAAAUUUUUAGGCCAGCAAUUCUGAGAGCUUGUAUAAAGUAUUAGCUUGCUUUUGGUCUUCAUUUUCAAGCGUCAGGGUAAAGCUGACACAGGUCUAAGGAGGCUGGUGGAGCUGCAUGCUGGGCAGGCCGAAUUCCUGAUUUCCAUGGUGUCUCCAAGGCCCAGAGAGCUGCACAGCACAGCCGUGCUGCCCAGACAGUUGCAGCCCCGGUGCUGAGGCUCUGGAGUUUGGGAGGCUGUGGUUGUGUAAGCUGUGAUUCAGCUGAGCCCUGCAACUAAGGGCACAUUCAAAUGAAGGAGUGGAAUUCAUUACAAAACAAAGGCAUUAUUGCAUAUGAACUGAUAAGAGAUUAAAGCAGUGCUUUUUAUGUUCACAGGAGGUGCUACAUUUUUUAGGAAGAACUGAGUAGUGUUCUCAACAGCUAUUAAAUAUAUGAAGUACUUGCUUUAACAUGAAGACUCUUGUUAAUGUAAUAUCAGCUGGCAGGAAAAAUGGGCGAGGUUCCCCCCUGCUGGGCUUUUUCUGAGGAAAAAAGCAAUAAUUUGAGCUCUCCAAAGUGUUUUAAAACAAUUAUGUAACUUUGUUUUUUGUUGUUGUUAGAAUUACUAAUUUAUAUUUCACUACAGCUUCCAAAACCAUGUUAUAUUUUAUUUUUAACGGUAGUUGAUUGUAAUAUUCAUCUCACUAAGAAACCAGUUUUAAUUCAUUUUGUUUUUCAUACUUGUGGCUAAUUCCACAUUAAUUAGCCUUCAUUUAUCUUAAUAAUGGGAUGUGUAAAUACUUACAAAGACUUUAUGUCCUCAUUUCCCUUUCCUCUCCUGUGUUUUAGUUAUUUCCAGUGGUGUAAUGGAUAGAGCUCACCAGCAUUUUGCUUACAGGGGAAACUGGAAACUGCUCAGAGUGUGUGUGUGCACAGCACGAGCACGUGUGUAAAAAAUGUCCCUUUUCUCUGUCACUGAGUUGCUUGUGGAUUUUUCUUUGACAAGUGCACUGAUUGUUACAGCUCCCAAGGAGGCUGAGCAGUGCAUUUCUGAAUUGAGGAUGAUCCCUUGGCUUACAAUACAAAUAAAUGAAAUUUUGAGCAAG